UGUUGGCUACUUCAAAGAUUGUUCCGUUUAUUAUUCAUGUGUUUAUUUUAAAAACAAUUUAAAUUAAAAAAAAAAAAAUGGAUCUGUCAUGGAAAACUCCAAUAUCAAUUUACCAAUUUCUCAUGUCUAAAGCAGAUCCUAGAAUGGAUUCUUGGCCUUUAAUGAGUAGCCCUUUUCCUAUAUUGACCAUUAUCGCGGCAUACGUUUACUUUGUUAAAGUAUUAGGACCUGCUUGGAUGAAAAAUAGGAGGCCCUUUCAGAUCGAUAAAUUAGUUAAAUUUUAUAAUAUUUUAAUGGUUAUAAGCAAUGGAUUUUUCUUCUUUUACGGUGGAGGUAGAACUUACCUUUCUGGAAAAUACAACUGGAUCUGCGAACCUAUUGAUUACUCAAUAAACGAUGAAACGAAAAUUAUUAUUCGUUUGGGUUGGUGGUUCUUUUUCUUGAAAAUAGUCGAAUUAUUAGAUACUAUAUUUUUUGUUCUGAAGAAGAAAUUCACGCAUAUAACGGUGCUUCACGUAAUUCAUCAUUCCGCUGUCGCUUGGGGAGUUUGGAUAGGAGCACGUUUUGGUCCAGGUGGAAAUAACGCAUUCUUUCCGUUCAUCAACUGUUUCAUUCACAUGGUCAUGUACUUCUAUUACUUUCUAGCAGCCAUGGGCCCGGAAGUACGAAAAUAUUUAUGGUGGAAAAAAUAUUUAACAAUUAUGCAAAUGGUGCAGUUCGUCGUCGUUUUCACUCACGCUAUGAUACCAUUAUUCACCACUUGCAAUUAUCAUAGAGGUUAUGCUUAUGCUAUUAUGAUGCACGCUGUUAUGUUUAUGGGUUUGUUCCUUAAUUUUUAUACUCACGCCUAUUCUAAGGAUAAAAUAUUAUCGAAUGGAACGUGCCAAGUAAACGGAACGAUAGAUAAUCUACAUAAAACUAAUGGAAUUGUAGUUAAUAAGAAGCAUCAAUAGGUAGGGCCUUGCGUACAGCAUCAAUAUGUACCAUCAAGUAAAAACAUAUAAUAAAACUGUUUAAAAUAUAUUUUUAGCAUUAAAUCUGAAUUUUUUAACGUUAAUUAAUUGUUAACAAUUUAAAUUUUCGGUGUAA